AAGAGGAGGGAGCAGCAGGCCUGCGAAGGCCUGGCCGGCCUUGCAGCGCCCCGCAGCGGCCAGGCCGGAAGCGGUCUCGUCGGCCCUGCGGCGCCGGAGCCCUGACGCAGGGAGCUCGAGAGCGAGAACGGGAGAGAAAGGGGCAGAAAUGGCGGCUCCGCUCGGCUCCCGCUGAGGAGGGCGAAGCCGGCGGAGGGUCUGAGGUGUCGGCCUGGAGCAUCGCUCCCGUCUCCCGCUACCUGUCUCCGCACGCCGACCUCCCUUGCUCUGCCCUGCACUCGCCUGUCCUCGUCUGUGCUCCGCAGAGUCCGGGUCGGCUUGUCUUUCCCGGCCCGGCUGCGCUGGCCCUGACUGCCCGGCCGGCGGGCCGGCCUUCCUCGGCUCACCCCGGCGCGGCGUGGACCCCGUCCUCCUGGCCGGACCAUGGUGAACACCCGGAAGAGCUCUCUGCGCCUUCUCGGAUCUAAGUCGCCCGGGCCCGGGCCUGGGCCUGGGGCCGGAGUAGAGCCUGGGGCGACCGGAGGCAGCAGCCAUUUCAUCUCCUCUCGGACCCGCUCCUCCAAGACCCGCGCUGCCAGCUGCCCCGCCGCCAAGGCCGGGGGAAGCGGCGGCGCCGGCGUCGCUCUGGAUGAGGCCCGGAAAGCUGAAGUUGAUGGUAGUUUAAGUGAUAGCCACGUGUCUCCUCCAGCCAAACGCACUUUGAAACAACCUGAUUCUGUUUGCAAAGACAAAUCAAAAUCACGAAGUACUGGUCAGCGAGAGGAAUGGAACAUAUCAACUGGACAGGCCAGGUUAACUUCUCAGCCUGGUGCUACAUUACCAAACGGACAUAGUAGCUUAUCCCUUCGAAGCCAUCCCCUUCGCGGGGAAAAGAAGGGAGAUGGGGACCUUUCUUGUAUAAAUGGUGACAUGGAAGUCAGAAAAAGUUGUCGUUCCAGGAAAAACAGAUUUGAAAGCGUGAACCAGAGUUUGUUAUUUGAUCAACUAGUGAAUAGUACUGCUGAAGCUGUACUACAGGAAAUGGACAACAUAAACAUUAGAAGGAAUCGUCGAUCAGGAGAAGUAGAACGGCUUCGAAUGUGGACAGAUACAGAAUUUGAAAACAUGGAUAUGUACUCAAGAGUGAAAAGGCGAAGAAAGUCACUGAGAAGAAAUAGUUAUGGGAUACAAAAUCAUCAUGAAGUCUCUACUGAGGGUGAAGAAGAAGAAUCUCAAGAGGAAGAUGGAGAUAUAGAGGUUGAAGAGGCAGAAGGAGAAGAAAAUGAUAGGCCAUAUAAUUUGAGACAAAGAAAAACAGUGGAUAGAUACCAAGCACCUCCAAUAGUACCAGCUCAUCAAAAAAAGAGGGAAAAUACACUGUUUGAUAUUCACAGAUCUCCAGCGAGGAGAAGUCAUAUCAGGAGAAAGAAGCAUGCCAUUCAUAGUAGUGACACAACAUCUUCUGAUGAAGAACGCUUUGAAAGAAGGAAGUCAAAGAGCAUGGCAAGGGCAAGAAAUAGAUGUUUGCCUAUGAACUUAAGAGCAGAAGAUUUAGCUAGCGGUAUUCUCCGAGAACGUGUCAAAGUGGGUGCAAGCUUAGCUGAUGUUGACCCAAUGAACAUUGAUAAAUCAGUACGGUUUGAUAGCAUAGGUGGAUUGAGCCAUCAUAUUCAUGCACUAAAGGAAAUGGUAGUAUUCCCACUUUUAUAUCCAGAAAUUUUUGAGAAAUUUAAAAUUCAGCCUCCAAGGGGCUGUUUGUUUUAUGGCCCUCCUGGCACAGGUAAAACCUUGGUUGCCAGAGCGUUAGCUAACGAAUGCAGUCAAGGAGACAAAAAGGUGGCUUUUUUUAUGCGAAAAGGAGCAGACUGUCUGAGUAAGUGGGUUGGUGAAUCUGAGCGGCAACUUAGGCUUCUUUUUGAUCAGGCAUAUUUGAUGAGACCUUCUAUAAUAUUUUUUGAUGAGAUAGAUGGAUUAGCUCCAGUUCGCUCUAGCAGGCAAGAUCAGAUCCACAGCUCUAUAGUGUCAACCCUUCUUGCUCUUAUGGAUGGAUUAGACAAUAGGGGCGAAAUUGUUGUUAUUGGUGCUACAAAUAGACUUGAUUCUAUAGAUCCUGCUCUCAGGAGACCUGGUCGUUUUGACAGAGAAUUUCUUUUCAACCUUCCUGAUCAAAAGUCUCAAGAAACUCAAGUAGCAGUAUUGAGGGUACAAGUAUAUUCAAUUUUUGAAAGUGUUGUUUUUCCCCUGAAAGAAGACAAAUGUGAAAAAAAGAAUUCUGAUGUGAUUCUUCAGGCAAGAAAACACAUUUUACAGAUCCAUACCAGGGACUGGAAUCCAAAAUUGUCAGAUGCUUUUUUAGGUGAAUUGGCUGAAAAAUGUGUUGGCUAUUGCGGAGCUGAUAUCAAGGCCCUGUGCACUGAAGCUGCCCUGAUUGCCCUGCGGAGGCGUUACCCCCAGAUCUAUGCUAGCAGUCAUAAACUGCAGCUAGAUGUUUCCUCAAUAGUGCUCAAUGCCCAAGAUUUUUACCACGCAAUGCAGAAUAUUGUGCCUGCUUCCCAGCGUGCUGUCAUGUCUUCGGGACAUGCGCUAUCCCCCAUCAUAAGACCACUGCUGGAAAGAAGCUUCAACAACAUCCUAGCAGUCUUGCAAAAAGUGUUUCCUCAUGCUGAAAUUAGCCAGAGUGACAAGAAAGAAGAUAUAGAAACUCUGAUUUUAGAUGAUAGUGAAGAUGAGAAUGCUUUAUCAAUUUUCGAGACCAGUUGUCACUCAGGAUCACCAAAGAAACAGUCAUCAGCUGCUGCUGUACAUAAACCUUACCUUCAUUUUACAAUGUCACCAUAUCAUCAGCCAACCUCUUACAGGCCAAGAUUAUUGCUGUCUGGAGAACGAGGCUCAGGUCAAACUUCUCACCUUGCUCCAGCACUUUUGCACACUCUAGAAAAAUUCUCUGUGCACAGACUAGAUCUCCCAGCACUUUAUUCAGUUAGUGCCAAAACACCUGAAGAAUCAUGUGCACAGAUUUUUCGUGAAGCUCGAAGAACAGUACCUAGUAUUGUUUACAUGCCUCACAUUGGCGAUUGGUGGGAAGCUGUCAGUGAAACUGUGAGAGCAACUUUUCUGACUUUGCUGCAAGAUAUACCGUCAUUUUCACCCAUAUUUUUAUUGUCUACCUCUGAAACCAUGUACAGUGAACUGCCUGAAGAGGUUAAAUGUAUCUUUAGAAUACAGUACGAAGAGGUCUUGUAUAUUCAAAGGCCUAUUGAAGAGGACAGAAGAAAAUUUUUCCAAGAACUCAUUCUCAAUCAGGCCUCAAUGGCUCCACCACGAAGGAAACACACUGGUCUUUGUGCUAUGGAAGUUCUUCCACUUGCACUACCUUCUCCACCUCGUCAAUUAUCAGAAUCAGAAAAAAUUCGGAUGGAGGACCAGGAGGAAAAUACUUUAAGAGAGUUGCGGUUGUUUCUCAGGGAUGUAACCAAGAGGCUGGCCACAGAUAAACGCUUUAACAUCUUCAGCAAACCGGUGGAUAUUGAAGAGGUCUCAGAUUAUCUUGAAGUAAUCAAGGAACCAAUGGAUUUAUCAACAGUGAUAACUAAAAUUGAUAAGCAUAGUUACCUGACUGCUAAGGAUUUCCUGAAAGAUAUUGACCUCAUCUGUAGCAAUGCUUUAGAGUACAAUCCAGAUAAGGACCCAGGAGAUAAAAUCAUAAGGCACAGGGCUUGUACCCUGAAGGACACUGCACAUGCCAUCAUUGCAGCUGAGUUGGAUCCAGAAUUUAAUAAACUCUGUGAAGAAAUUAAGGAAGCAAGAAUAAAAAGAGGCUUAUCGGUAACAGCAGAACAAAUAAAUCCUCAUGGUACUGGAGCUCGAAAGACAGAAACUAGAGUUGAAGAGGCAUUUCGGCACAAACAAAGAAAUCCAAUGGAUGUCUGGCACAGCUCUGCAAAUAAAUGUGCAUUUCGAGUUCGGAGAAAAUCAAGGCGGCGAUCACAAUGGGGUAAAGGAAUUAUAAAGAAAAGGAAAGUCAAUAAUUUAAAAAAAGAUGAAGAGGACACCAAAUUUGCUGACUAUGAGAAUCAUAUGGAGGACAGGAAAUUGCUAGAAAAUGGAGAGUUUGAGGUAAGCACUGACUGCCAUGAAGAAAAUGGAGAAGAGACUGGAGACUUAUCUAUGACCAACGAUGAAUCAUCGUGUGACAUCAUGGACAUGGACCAGGGGCAGAGGCUUAACAAUGGAGCGGGCACGAAAGAGAACUUUGCAUCUACUGAAGAGGAAAGUUCAAAUGAGUCUCUACUCGUCAACAGCAGCAGUUCUCUAAAUCCAGAACAGACAUCUAGGAAAGAGUCCUUCCUGAAAGGAAGCUGUCUAAACGGUGAGGCCUCCACUGACAGUUUUGAAGGAAUACCAGUUCUGGAGUGUCAGAAUGGCAGAGCUGAAGUAGUUUCUUUCUGUGGUAGUGGAGAUAAAUGUAGUUCUGAACAAAAGAAUCUUCUGGAGGACCACUCAAAAGAAAAACCAGACACUUCACAUGAAAAUCAUGGAGAUGACCCUGAGAAACUAGAGGCACUGGAAUGUAGCAAUAAUGAGAAGUUAGAACCUGGACCUGAUGUGGAGGUUAAAGAUGCAGAACUGGAUAAAGAAGGUUCUUCUAAAGUAAAGAAAUAUCGUAAGUUAGUUUUAGAGCAGGCAAAAACAACAAGCCUGGAACUGGUCCCAGAAGAGCCAGCUGAGCCUGUGCCACCUCUUAUAGUUGAUCAUGAGAGAUUGAAGAAAUUGCUUGAUUUGUUGGUAGAUAAAAGCAACAAUCUGGCAGUUGAUCAACUUGAGAGAUUAUAUUCUCUUCUUAGUCAGUGCAUCUACCGUCACCGUAAAGAUUACGACAAAUCACAACUUGUAGAGGAGAUGGAAAGAACAGUUCAUAUGUUUGAGACAUUCCUAUGAACCUUUCAAGAAGAGUGGUUUAUCCUCUCCAAUCUGCUCCUGACAGAGCAGUCUUCUGAGCCAUUCAAUUUCAAAUUGCACCAAUUAUGUGCGGAGCCUUGGUAUAAAAGUGCUCUCUCACUCAUUCUUUCUCUCUGUUGAAUUUGGUGCUAUUGUCUCAGGUACCUGAAACCAACCAGCCUACAAGAACCAAACAGAACUUCAGAAACAUGUUGUAUUUUCCACAAAUAAAAAAUACAACCCCACAGAUUGGAGAUUUUGGUGCUACAGAAACUGCUCUCACUUCUGCUCCUCUUUUUGUGCACUCUCUUUUGGAGACUUCUCUGUUAGGGAGCAGACCAGCAAACACGAGGAAACUGGAUGGGGCAGUUCUAACUGUGUUGAAUUGUCUAAACAGUGGGCAACCUGUCCUCCCCACCCCUUUUAUCAUAUUUGUUUUUAUUUUUUCCUCUGGGUAAUGGACUGAAGCCUGUUUUAAAGUUGGCUAUGGUAUAUUCUGGUGGGAAACUGAAGAAACUGGAUGAAAUUAGAUUAGGCUCUUUAGAACUGCCUUUAAUGUGCCUUUUUAUUCAUUUGAGAAAGAUAAGGCUAAACACAAGGAUGGGCUUGUUUGUAGCAAGUGAAUUUGAAUGUUUUCUUUGGUCACAACCCUGAAAAUAAGUUUUGCUACUCUGUGUCAUUAAGAGGCAACCAGUGUUUUGGUAUAAAAUGCCUAUCUUGUUUUCAAAACUCAGUCAUGACAGUUGUUAGGCCACAUGUAAUAAAACAACAAAAAAUAAGAUACAGUCCAUCAAAAAACACAUACCCUUUUUGGUAUUGAUGACAAAGAUGGUCAGAAAAUAGAGUGGCAUUCUAUUUUCUUCUGUCAGUGGCGACUUAAUAGUUUGAGUUCCCAGAGAAGAAUGAUUUUCAUGUAUAAUAAAUUGUUUUGGUUUAAAGCCAGGACUUGCCAAAUGGACAGAAAAGAGAGGAAUUUGUCAGAAGCUCCAUAGUUCAUUUUCUAUAUGCAUAGUUGCAAGUGAGCUCUGGUAUGGUCCUUGAAAAACAGUAUUAAUGUUUAAAUCCCUUAUCAUAAGCUUACCUUCACAACUAUUCAUUUUGAUUGGAACCAUUUUGGAUCUUGUUGAGCGAUUUCUAUGACUUGUACUUAUCUAAAAGGAAUUAUGGGUUACUAGUUUUACAAAAACUUUCUACAGAUUCAGAGACACAGUCUAGGCAGUUGCAAAGAGGCAAAGGGGGUGCAGUGACUUUUUUUAAUCAGAUGAUUUUUAAACACAAAAGUAGAAAAUUUUGACAAGGUUGCUCAAUAUCUUCACUCAUUAUAGCCGUUAGCUGCAGGUGUGUCUUUCCAAUAUAUGCAACACAUGUAGUUUGGGUUUUAAUUAGAGCAAACGGUCUUGGACUACUGCAGAGAUACUGAGCUACCUCAGCUUUUUGUAUUUUAGUUACCAACAGUGUCUACAGAGUUCUGUAUUCACUUUGCCACCGUUUACAUGCUGAAGCUAAGGUACUUGUCUCCUCGUCUCUGGCUUUGUAGGGUGCUGGAUGCCAGCGCAGAAAGCACACUUUGGCCAAGGCUACUGCAGUAAUCUUAAGUGCUUCUUUGCAUUUACAGUUACAUUUUACGCCUUCUGAUUCUAGUUUAAUUUUUAAAUAAUGCCACUUGUUUUCUUUAUACCUACGAAGUUUUCAUAAUAUUCACUUAGUCAUAUAAUUCAAGAUGCUACCCAUGUAGACACACUGUAUUUUUAAGGUGGGCAAGUGCGAUUAACGAUGAACCAAUUUUAAAGGGGAGGUUAUUUGAAACCUCUAAUUUGAUUAUUGGGAGGAUUUUCAUGCUUUCUUUAGUAUUUAUUACCAUCAUACCAGUUCAAGCUAUUUUACUGUCUAAUACAUUAGCAUUUUGUAUUUUGAUGGAAAUUGUUACAGAAUUUAAAGAUUUGAUGAAAUAAGAUGUAGCAGAUUUUUUGUAGCAAGUUUCUGGUAAAAGGGUUUUUUGCGCGUCUCAGGUUCUUGCUGCACUAUUUUUCUUUAAAUAUUUAUUCCAGUUACUCUAAUUCAGAAGCAUUCUGUUCAAGUAACAGCAGCACUUGUGAAUGAAAAAAAAAAUGCACAUGUUCUUAGUAGGUUACUGAAUUUGUACAAGUUAAUUAAGAUUUUAGCCAUCAGUGAGUUUGACAAGGGAAAUUUAUUUAUGUUCAGCAUUAAAAUGCUUCCAAAAGAUCAAGUUUUUUCAUUUUAACCUUGAUAUAGGUGGAUAAAUAGGAGGCAACCUCAGUAUGAUAGGAACUGCCACUUUGAACAGUUUAGGUCUUAAAGAAAAAGCCAAUCUAAUGCCAAGGGGAGAAAAACGAGCUGAAAUUGUACCAACUCCUCUGGCCCCUUUCCCCCCGCAAAAGAAACACACUAUACCAGUUUUUCUUAUUUUACAGAUAUCUGGUGGUUCUAUAGUUUAAAGCAGCUUGUGAAAUUAUCCAAGUGGACUCAAUUUUGUUUACCUUUCUGUAAGUUCUUAAUUUUUGCUGUAUAGCAUUGGCAAAAAUAUGUACAAAUUGACCUCUGUUCUUAUUUCCUAUUGUGAGCAUUAUAAAUGAUAAGCUCCUGUGUAAACCCUUGCUCUCAGAUCACUAAGAUACGUAUCACGGCACAGCCCAACAGUAGUUAAUGCUCAGCUGUGGGGACCAUAGGAGACUUUUGAAGAUGAUGGAACCACACUAGGGUUGAAACUGAUGGCUGUGGAGUUAAUUGUGUUUUUGAGCUUGAAUCUCACCUGUGAUUAAUUUUUUGUUUUGUUUUGUUUUACGUCCUUUCAUGACUUGAUUUUUCUCAUAUGCCAAUGUAUUUGUAGGUUUACUGGAUUUUAUUUUUAGGGAGUGGGGUGGUGAUAUCUUCCCAUUUUUUGAUUAAGUUGGUUCAGCUAUGGUGCUAUUCAGUAGGUAUCUUCAGUGUCAGGUCCCGUAGCUGAAUGCCAUUGUUAUUAUAAUUAUUAUUUGUAAUCACAUUGUAAGCUUGAAUUUGGACUUGUACCUACAUCUUUUGUAUUUUGUACAUUCAGUUAUUUAGACUUUGGGAGUCCUCUUUGGUUUCAGUCAUGUAUGUCUACUUUGCAGAUUCAGUAGACUUCAUCAACUAUGGUCUAUUUUGGGUUUGUAGUUUAAUUUAGAAUUGUGUUAAGUUGAUGUUUUGCAUUUGACUUCAUUUUACAUUAGUUUGAAGUAAAUUAUUUAAUUUUUGAAUUCUGGAAUUUUGAACAUUUACUGUAAUUUGUAAUAUAACUGCUGUGAAAUACUUGAAUAAAGAUGAGAA